CGAGAUUUUGGCGUCGUCGCUGGCAGUCAACAGUUAUGUAUUGACUUCUGCUGCUAAAGAAUUAUUGAUUCAACCCUCCAAUUGCGGUUCUGAGACUCUGCUGGGGCAUUGUCCUUGGUUCAUGCCAUUGAGUUCCCCCUGCAUAUCUCAUCUUGUUUGGGUGAAAGCGUGGGGUAUAGGCCAUCUGAUAAAAGGCAUAGGAGGUGUAUUCGAUGAAUAGUCUGCGAGGCAAAGGUGCCUCAGAGUCGUUGUCUCGGAGGAGGCCUAACUUCUCCACUCGUACGCCACAAGAAGAUGAGUCUAGAUUGGCACCAAAUGAUUCUUUGAGCGCGUCCCCUGUGGAAACGACUAGGCUACUUAAUUGGCGGUCUGGUCUAUCAGCUCAGUCCUACGGACCGUUAGACUCUGCUCAUUCUGCAACAGAACCUAGCCGUCAUUCAUCUCGUUCGAGUAUUCUGGGCUCUCUUUCGCAUUGGUGGCAUAGAUCGGAAUACAAUGGAGGGCAAGAUCAUCCGGGGGGAGGAAUCUCGCGGCACCUCUCCCUUCCAGCAGGUCCUCUCUGGGAUACCAGUGUCGACCGUAAAGAGGGCAAUGGCCAGAAAUACCGCGCGCCUGAUAGUUCGAAUAAGCUUGGAACCUUUUCUGGGGUCUUUGUCCCGACGAGUCUGAAUGUGUUGAGUAUUCUCAUGUUCCUUCGGUUCGGUUUCAUCCUUGGGCAGGCUGGCCUUCUAGGAAUGAUAGGGUUACUCGCGGCUUCAUACACCAUCAAUUUGGUAACUACUAUGUCUCUGUCUGCCAUUGCAACCAACGGGACAGUUAAAGGCGGAGGGGCCUACUACCUGAUAUCUCGUUCACUAGGCCCCGAAUUCGGUGGCUCUAUCGGUAUAGUAUUCUAUCUCGGUUAUGUGCUUAAUACGGGCAUGAAUGCGGUGGGUUUGGUUGACUGCUUCAAACAAAAUUUUGGGACAGAGACUGGCACCUGGGCCAACUUCCUUCAGGAAGGCUUUUGGUGGCAGUACCUUUGGGGAACCAUUAUCCUGGUUCUUUGUACCGGAAUCUGCUUGGCAGGCAGCUCCAUUUUUUCUCGAGCAAGUAACGGGCUCCUUGUGAUUGUCCUUGUGGCAACUUUAAGUAUACCGUUGUCCGCUGUCGUCAUGAAACCAUUUAGCAUCCCUAAUCUAGGCGUCCACUUCACGGGUGUUCGCCUUAAAACUUUCCUGGAGAAUUUGAAACCUAGGCUUACAAAAGGAGCUGAUGGAAGCCAAAUGCCCGGACGGGAGAACUUUCAGGACCUUUUUGGUAUUCUGUUCCCCGCAACUGGGGGCAUCUUCGCUGGGGCAAGUAUGUCCGGCGACUUAAGGAACCCGAGCAAGUCGAUCCCAAAGGGAACUCUUUACGGCCUGGCCCUAACAUUCGUGACCUACACUCUCGUGAUAUUUGCAAUGGCGGCGUCUAUAACAAGAGAAUCAUUGUACAACAGCGCAAAUAUCGUCCAAAUUGCGAAUCUCUCAGGCGUCGUUAUUCUUCUGGGUGAAUUUGCAACAACCUUUUUCUCGGUGUUAAUGGGAGUAAUUGGUUCUGCCAAACUUCUUCAGGCGAUUGCAAAGGACAGCCUGCUUCCUGGUCUGAGUGUAUUUGGCCAAGGCACAAAGAAAAACGAUGAGCCAAUCCACGCGAUUAUUGUGACAUUUGUUGUCGCUCAGCUCACAAUGCUCUUCGAUAUCAACCAAAUCGCGUCAUUUGUAACCAUGACGUAUUUGAUGACCUUUUUGGUGAUGAAUCUGGCUUGCUUUCUUUUAAAAAUAGGAUCUGCUCCUAAUUUCCGACCAUCGUUUCACUAUUUCAACUGGCAAACAGCUGCAGCGGGGGCUGUGGUCUGUGGAGCUAGUAUGUUCUUUGUCGACGGAGUCUAUGCCACAGGUUGCUUCGGAAUUUUAAUCAUGCUUUUUCUGUUGAUCCACUACACGUCGCCCCCAAAGCCGUGGGGUGAUGUGAGUCAAAGCUUGAUUUACCAUCAAGUGCGUAAGUAUCUACUCCGUCUGAAGCAAGAACACGUCAAGUUCUGGAGACCCCAGAUUCUCCUUUUUGUAAACAACCUGGAUGGUCAGUUUAAGAUGGUUUCCUUUUGCAAUUCCCUGAAAAAGGGUGCCUUGUUUGUACUUGGCCACGUUUUAGUCACUGAUGACUUUUCAACUGCUGUUCCUGAAGCGCGACGUGAACAGAUCGCGUGGACCAAGCUCGUUGAGAACUCAAAGGUUAAAGCUUUCGUCAACAUCGCAGUCUCCCCCACGGUUGAAUGGGGAGUUCGCAAUGUCGUCUUGAAUUCUGGAUUGGGAGGAAUGAGACCCAACAUAGUGAUCAUUGAUCAGUUUCGCAAAGGACAGUCACUGGCCGAGACGUUGCAUGGCCAUCAUAGACGUCAUUCGCAGCCGUCUCUUCCUGACCCGCACCAGCCCGAUGUGAGCUGUAAAACAUAUGUGACGGUAUUGGAAGAUCUCUUGUUCAAGCUGCGUAUAAAUGUCGCCGUUGCAAAGGGAUUCGAGUAUUUGGAGCUCCCUGGUGAACAAGGGGACAAAACCAAGAAGUACAUCGAUCUUUGGCCUAUCCAGAUGUCUGCGGAGCUUGGGGCGAACACCGAAACUAAAAAGAACGUCUUGACAACGAAUUUCGACACCUACACUCUGAUUCUCCAGCUUGGCUGCAUUCUAAAUACGGUACCGUCUUGGAAGAAAGCGUACAAGUUGAGGGUAGCAGUGUUUGUUGAGUACGAAACAGAUGUUGAAGACGAGAGAAAACGAGUAGAGGCUCUUCUUGAAAAGCUGCGAAUUGAAGCCGAGGUCUUGGUGUUCUGGCUUGCCUGUGGUGACUUGAAAGCCUACCGUGUCCUUGUGAACGGUGAUUUCUCUGUGGAAACUCAAGAUACCCGGGAAAACAUCCAUGCAAUCAUGAAACAUGAAGAUUGGUGGCGGGAUAUCCAACAAGUUCGGAAGGAUUCAGACGAGAGUUCGAACCUUAGCAUCCCCAGCUGGACUGGAAAAUGGCAGGAGGGGGCCCCUGCGCUCGAUGUAUCUGGCGAAGAACAGAGACCAGGGCGACAGAAAUCGUUGACUGGCGGGUUGAAAAGGUUGAUGCAGUCUUCCAAACGACGGCGGUCAAUUUCUAGCUUCAGAAGCCUGGGGGGCGUUAAUUUGGGCAUGCAAACGCACCGCUUACUGGAUGCUUUUGUUGAAGACGAUAGCACUGCAAGUGAAAGUAGCGAUGACAGCGACUUUGAGAAUUAUCUGAGCGACGAAGAGGAAGGAAAUACAAGCGCGCAUAAAGCUCCUCGCAAGGAAGGCAAUCAAAGAGAUGAUGCAGCAUCAGAUGCGGUACCAGGAGCCUUCCCACGGGGUACCCCGGAGCAUAAUGUUCCGACCAUCUUUGCCGCUGAUGAAACGGAAUCUCCCAGAUCUCAACCCAGUACAAGGCGUCCAGAUUUGACCCGCUCGGCGUCAUGUAAUCGAUUCAGUUCUUCCCCCAUACCCGAGCCUCGGGUCAAUACUGACGAGGGUGCUGGGCCGUCUAUUAUGUUCGCUCCAACUUCGUCACCUCCACGGUCAUCAAGAAAGAUAGAUUCAAUCUAUAAGCGGCGUUCCUCGUCAGGAACAUUCGAACGAGGAAGCGCGUCCGGAUACCCCCAACAGGCCUCUGUCCCGCUAUCUUUUAAUGACCUGCCUAGUCGCGCGCAACAUCUCAUAUUGAACGAGUUGAUGGCUAGACAUAGCAAGGAUACCGCAGUGAUUUUUACAACCCUCCCAUCACCACUCGAGGGUACUGCUGACAGUGAAUCUGACAGUCAGUCUUACUUGAGCGACUUGGAUGUUUUAUGGCAGGGACUACCACCUUGUCUGUUAGUUCAUAGCAACAGCAUGACGGUGACGUUGAACCUAUAAUGACUUAUGAUUGGUAUAUACAUACAAUAUGAGAAGCAGAUAGAUGUGAAUAUAAUUUGAUGUGCAGCUUCC